CAGUGCGCCUAACUCCGGCGCCCGGCCGCGCUCGCCACCGCCCUCCUCCACCCGCCCGGCUCGCCUGCACUCACCCGCGCUCGCGCCCUCGCCACCAGCCGCAGCCAUGGGGCCCCGAGCCGCACGCGCCGCGGCGCUGAGGCUCCUCGCGCUGGGCGCGCUGCUGUGGCCCGCGGCGGGCGCCUGGGAGCUCACCAUCCUGCACACCAACGACGUGCACAGCCGGCUGGAGCAGACCAGCCAGGACUCGAGCAAGUGCGUCAACGCCAGCCGCUGCGUGGGCGGCGUGGCACGGCUGGCUACCAAGGUGCGCCAGAUCCGCCGCGCCGAGCCCCACGUGCUGCUGCUCGACGCCGGCGACCAGUAUCAGGGUACCAUCUGGUUCACCGUGUACAAGGGCACCGAGGUGGCGCACUUCAUGAACGCGCUGGGCUACGAUGCCAUGGCACUGGGAAAUCAUGAAUUUGAUAAUGGUGUGGAAGGACUCAUUGAUCCACUCCUCAAAGAGGCCAAAUUUCCAAUUCUGAGUGCAAACAUAAAAGCCAAGGGGCCACUGGCAUCUCGAAUAUCAGGACUUUAUUUGCCGUAUAAAAUUCUCUCCGUUGGUGAUGAAGUUGUGGGGAUUGUUGGAUACACUUCAAAAGAAACCCCUUUUCUCUCAAAUCCAGGAACGAAUUUAGUAUUUGAAGAUGAAAUUGCUGCAUUGCAACCUGAAGUAGAUAAGCUAAAAACUCUCAAUGUGAACAAAAUUAUUGCACUGGGACAUUCCGGUUUUGAAGUGGAUAAACUCAUCGCUCAGAAAGUGAAGGGUGUGGACGUGGUGGUGGGAGGACAUACCAACACGUUUCUUUACACAGGCACUCCACCUUCCAAAGAGGUGCCGGCGGGGCAGUACCCAUUCAUAGUCACCUCCGAUGACGGACGGCAGGUUCCUGUGGUCCAGGCCUAUGCUUUUGGCAAAUACCUAGGCUAUUUGAAGGUUGAGUUUGAUGAAAAAGGAAAUGUCAUCACUUCACAUGGAAAUCCCAUUCUUCUCAACACCAGCAUUCCAGAAGAUCCAAGCAUAAAAGCAGACAUAAGCAAAUGGCGGGUAAAAUUAGAUAAUUACUCGACCCAGGAAUUGGGGAAAACCAUUGUCUAUCUGGAUGGUACCACUCCGUCGUGCCGCUUCCGAGAAUGCAACAUGGGCAACCUGAUCUGUGAUGCUAUGAUUAACAACAACCUGAGACACCCGGAUGAGAUGUCCUGGAACCACGUGUCCAUGUGCAUUUUAAAUGGAGGUAGCAUCCGGUCGCCCAUCGACGAGCGGAACGACGGCACGAUUACCUGGGAGAAUCUGGCUGCUGUGUUGCCCUUUGGAGGCACCUUUGACCUGGUCCAAUUAAAAGGCUCCACCCUGAAGAAGGCCUUUGAGCACAGCGUGUACCGCUACGGCCAGUCCACGGGGGAGUUCCUGCAGGUGGGCGGAAUUCAUGUGGUAUACGAUCUUUCCCGAAACCCUGGGGACAGAGUGGUCAAAUUAGACGUUCUUUGCACCCGGUGUCGCGUGCCCAGUUACGAGCCUCUCAGAAUGGAUGAGGUGUACAACGUGGUCCUCCCGAGCUUCCUUGCCGGUGGUGGAGAUGGAUUCCGGAUGAUAAAAGACGAAAUGUUAAAACACGACUCUGGAGACCAAGAUAUCAACGUGGUUUCCGGAUACAUCUCAAAAAUGAGAGUCAUUUAUCCAGCAAUUGAAGGUCGGAUCCAGUUUUCUGCUGGAAGUCAUUGCCAUGGAAGUUUUUCUCUACUAUUUCUUUCAGUUUUGGCAGUGUUCGUUGUUUUAUACCAAUAGCCAAGAAUUAUCUUUGCCAUAUAUGGAACUAUAUUUUUUCUCAAGUGAGAUUCAAGUCGGCCUUUUAGGAACUGGCUUUAUGAUGGUGCAGACCAUCCUUGCAGUCUCCUAGAAGCUGAGCUUAGAGGGUCAUAAGUGAAAACAAUGACAUCAUCACUCAGGAUUACCAACUUAGUGAACACACAGGAAAAGAAAUGAAAAUGGGCCCUAUGAGAAGGCCAACAAUCUUUAGUUUACAUAUGCAAAUUUUAAUAAACCUUUAUUAACAAUUUUAAACCAUACACAUCAUUUUUCUCCUUUAUGUCCAUUCUAAUCCACCAAACAACUUAUGUUUACAUAGAACUUUAUCAGUUACAGGAGAGUUUUAAGCACAUUAUCUUAUUCGAUGCCCAUAACUUUCACUGGUGGGCAAGAUAGGCAUUGUUUUCCCCAUUUGAGAGAUGAGGAAACUAAAGCUUACAAAGAGCUGACUUAAGGCCAUACAGCUGAAAGUGACAGAUCCCAGACCUGCGCCUGGGCCUUCUGACUUCAGUCCCGCACACUUUCAAUUAUAUCCAGUUACUGUUCAGGAAGAUAUGUAAUAGUCUCCUCUCUUUUUAACUAUCAAUAGCCCCAAACUGAUGGAGGAUAAGUCUCUGCUUUAUUUCUGGUCUCUAUUUUUGUCCUUUUUAGCGUGCGUUGUUACAGGGAGUUUAACAGACUAAACACAGGGUGGUGUUCUCUCCUGCGCCACCGAAUGCCUUUCAGGAGUUUGGACAAGAGGUGCAGUAGAUGAUGGGAAAGGCCAGGAGCUGCAGAAGGCAGGCAAGGGGCAGAGAGAAAGGGAAGAGGAGACCAGGACGCCCAGGACCAACUUACAUUACGGAAGAGAAAGAGCUCAAGGCUGUUUACCCUUGUUAAAUUGGUAUUUGCUAAGGAGUAGCAGGAGAGCGCCUGACACGUGGUAUUAGCUAUUGAUAAUUUUAUGAGAUACUAUCAGUUCUCCCUCUGUUUCUUUCCUCCUUCUUCCUUAUGGACAAAUGUCAUGAGAAGAGACCCUUCUUGCAGAAGAUGUAGUUCUAAACCUGUACCUGUUUCUCCCCAGCAAGAUGGCAGCACUGUACUUUAAACACACACGCACACAUGCACGCACGCACGUGCUCCGUCUCCUCUCCCCCAGUUACGGAAAAUCCAGAGGGGAGACGAGGUUGAUUUGUUUACGUGGUACAUCUAAGUUUAAAGUCAGCUCUGCCUCCAAAUCUGAACAAUCACUCAGUCAUUCUCAAGCACAGAUAUGAGAACUGCUGCGGGAGAGUGGGUCCCGAGUGGGUGCUCAGGAAAUAUCCAGACUGAUGGAAUAAAUGAUUUAUGCACAAAGAACAAAUACUUGCCUGAGGGGGUAGUGGGGCCAUGUGAGCCUGCUCUUCAUUGUAUAAAUGAUUCAACAAGAAGUGGGAGCCCUCACCAUAAAGAAGUGGGCAAACAGCAGCCCCAGGAUUGAAGAGUGAGAAUGUUUGUUCCUUAACGUUUACAAAUAUUAGGUACUCGAUACAAAAUAUACUUUUAAAUUUCAUAACCUCUUUAUAAUGGUUGUUGCAGUAAAAUAAUGCCCUAGGUUCCAUGCAUAUACAGAUUGGCCAUAAAUAAACAAAUGUCAAUAAGACUGUAAGAGAAAAAUGUCAAUAAAACUGCAUUUGGGGUGUAUUUUUCAUGCUUGACCAGUAAAGGAGGGUAAAUCCUAUUGGAGCACAGGUUUUUAAAGAAAUUUUUGUCAUUUUUGUAAACAUGUGUGCAUGUAUUGUUCAGUGACUUAAAGAAAUGACCUAAAAACACUUUGCAAUUGUAGGUUCCAAACAAUAAAAUUGAAGAUAUA